CCUCUCCUCUCCUCUCCUCUCCUCUCCUGUGACCUGGAUUCCUGAUGCAAUUCACCUUUAACACAUCUCCACACCUGAUCGACUUAAGCUUCCUUUACCAUGUUGUUGCUCAAUCUCUCUCUCUCUCACAUUGUCCUCUUUCUAUCCUCCUCUUCUUCUUGUUCCUGUCUUUUUUCCUCCUCCUCCUCCUGUCUCUCUCUGUCGUGUUGGCUCUUUUCCCCCUCUCUCUCCUUCCUAGUGGGGUGGUGGGGGGUAGAGGGGCUGGCGAGGGUCCGGCAGGUCCCUGUCGCAGUGACAGUACGAAGAGCAUGAUGUCUGGAGGAACCAGCAUGGUGAUGUCGGGGGGAAAGCCCGGGAAGUGGCAGACUGUCCAGAGUCACAUGCAGUCUGGAGGACUCAGACCCACAAGCUUUGGGGAUUCAGUAGGGGCUCUGUCCUCUGCUUCCACCCUGGAUCCCGUCCCCUCUGCUGGGAUGUUGGCCCGGCCACGCACCCUGCUACGCCAACAGAGUCUCCAGCAGCCUCUCAUCCACCCACCCGUCCCAAGCCUCCUCACCCACCUCCCACCCACCUCCUCCCAGAGCCUGGGUCAGAUACACCAGGUUCCCCCGCUGGGGCCCAGCCAGCCAGGGGGAAGCGUGGGCAGUGGGGGAGGAUGUGGAGGAACGCAAAGAGGCCCCAGGGGGGUGCGAGGGAGCCCGGCGGGGGCAGGCGCCUCACGGUACAGGGGAGGAGGAGGAGGAGGAAGAGGUAACCCUGGGUCCUGGGAUCACAUGAUGGGCCAGUUGAAAAACAGAGGCCUGGAUGCCAAGUCCUUCCUGGAGUACCCUACCACCCGUAGGACCCUGUUCAUCAUCCUCUACAGGGAGUACCCUACCACCCGUAGGACCCUGUUCAUCAUCCUCUACAGGGAGUACCCUACCACCCGUAGGACCCUGUUCAUCAUCCCCCCUCGACAGGGAGUACUCUACCACCCGGAGUACUCUACCACCCGUAGGACCCUGUUCAUCAUCCCCCCUCAACAGGGAGUUCUCUACCACCCGGAGUACCCUACCACCCGUAGGACCCUGUUCAUCAUCCCCCCUCUACAGGGCGUACCCUACCACCCGGAGUACCCUACCACCCGUAGGACCCUGUUCAUCAUCCCCCCUCUACAGGGAGUACCCUACCACCCGGAGUACCCUACCACCCGUAGGACCCUGUUCAUCAUCCCCCCUCUACAGGGCGUACCCUACCACCCGGAGUACCCUACCACCCGGAGUAAGUACCCUACCACCCGUAGGACCCUGUUCAUCAUCCUCUACAGGGAGUACUCUACCACCCGUAGGACCCUGUUCAUCAUCCUCUACAGGGAGUACCCUACCACCCAUAGGACCCUGUUCAUCAUCCUCUACAGGGAGUACCCUACCACCCAUAGGACCCUGUUCAUCAUCCUCUACAGGGAGUACUCUACCACCCGUAGGACCCUGUUCAUCAUCCCCCCUCUACAGGGAGUACUCUACCACCCGGCGUACCCUACCACCCGUAGGACCCUGUUCAUCAUCCCCCCUCUACAGGGAGUACCCUACCACCCGUAG